AUGAUUAAAAAAAUUGUUAUUACUGCAACAAUAAUAUCAGCUUUGUCUGGAAUUCUGUUCUAUGGUAUUAACAACGAUACUGGUUUAAGAGAGUUCACUAAAUAUUAUGGGGAAUGCGAAUAUCAAUAAGCUGAUUUCUAGAUGAUUGGACCUGAAGAUGCAGUAUUUUUUGAUGAAGACACACUGAUAGGAUGUCAUACCAACCUUUUAAAAAUGUAUAUACUAGGAAUUCCUUUAGAUCAGAUCGAAAAAGGAGGAUGCUACGCUGUGACAGGAAUUGCUUCAUAAUAGUUUAAUAUAUAACAAUUAAAAUUAAUUGGAUACCCAAAAGAAUUGAACUUUUUCCCUCAUGGAUAAUAUAUUAAAGGAAACACUUACUAUGUUUGCAAUCACGGCUAUGAAAAAUCAAAUGGAGAUAGAAUAGAAGUUUUUGAAGUUGUUAAGAGUAAAAAUGGUGACAUAUCUCUUGUGUUUAAAUAUUUCACUCAUUUAGGCCCAAGAUUUACAGGAGAUGCUAAUGACUUGGUUGUGUUAGACAAUCAAAGGUUUUUAGUGACUGACUGGUUCCCAAUAGCAUUCCCUCUUGAAGGACCUAGUCAUUUAUCUUAAGCAGAAAGAGAUCAAAUUUAAAUGUUUUAAGAGAAAAAAAUUAGAGGAUCUCAUCUAUGGGAAUGCUAAUUUAAGAUCAAUUAGCUAGCUGAAUGCAAAAUUGUAGAAGAAAGUAAUGGAGUUAUGGUUAACGGAGUAGCAUUUGAUCAAAAGGAUACUAUUUUGAUUUCUGACACUUUGGGUUAAAAGUUACGCUCAUUUAAAAUCUAAAAGGAUGGUUCCUUGAAGUUUCACUAGGUUAUUGAUACCAGAUUGGCUGCUGAUAACAUUAAUUAUGACUAAGUUAGGAAUUAAUUUUUGGUUUCUGGAACUUUAAAUUCAUAAAACGAUAUGUAAAAUCUGAUUCCAAAUGUAUAAUAAGUUUAGUAUAACCCAGGAAAUAAAUCCAUCAUAACUUAUUGGGCAGGCGUUGAUAUUGUCAAGUUAGACGAAGAAACUAAUUAACUUAUUACCUCAGAACUUUUCACAGCUGAAAAAGCAAAUGUAAUUGUAGCUGGAGGAUUAAUAUCUCAUUCUGGAGAUUUUCUAUUUUUAACAUCAUAUGCUGAUAAAUCAAUAUCAAUAUGCAAAAAAUAAAAUUGA